AUUUUAAUCCAAAAAUAAAAAUCCCACAAAACGAGUAGAGACUAGAGAGUAGUAGAAAGACAAAGAUCUGACCAAUUGGAUUGCGUGCAGUCCACAGUACUUCACUUCUUGUUCUUCUAUCUGUACUCCACUCUCUCCACUUCCUUGUUCUUCUUCUUCUUCAGAGUCCAGACCCAGAAACUCAUCAGAGAUCCCACAACCCACUUUCCUCUGUCUUCUGCUCCAAACCGAACAGACCCAGAUGGCCAUCAACCGAGACAACACUCCCCCACCUAAGAUCGGCAAGAUUGGGCCCUACACUGUGUUCAUGACACCACCCUCCACUCCAAAGCCACUAGAAGAAGAAGAAGAAGACCAACAACAGCAAAAGCAGCCCGUGUUUGAUUCACCCAAGAAAGUUGUCCUGCCUCCGGUGCAGCCGCCGCCUCAGCAGUUUGUGAAGCCGGUCGCCGCCGAUGGCUCUGUUGUUGGCUUCUUCAAGAAUGCUGUCACUAAAGUGCAGAAUGCACAUUCGAGUUUGGAUGAUCACUUGGCGCGCUGGUUUGGGUUGAACCAGUCAAAAUAUCAGUGGGCACUUGAUGAUUACUAUGAGAGCAAGGGAUUGGAAAAGGGCACUGCUAAAGCACAAGAGGUAUCUAGCAAGAUGCAGAGUGUAUAACAUGCUUUCUUGACAGAGUUGACUGCAAGAGAAAGCUCGUGAACUCUUCUUUCGCGUAUACAAUAUUUAUACUAUAUAUGGGGUUGCAGAAAUGCAGCUGAGUAUCUGUAGAGUACAACCAACAUCUGAGACUGGUUAAUGCAAUUCUCUGCCUACUGCAACGGCUAAGUUUGGUUGUCUAACAGUUUCUAAGCCAUGUAAUAUCAUCUAAAUCUCUAGUUUUCGGCCAUUGGGUUUUUCACUCCUUAAGCUGUUAGCUGAUGUAUUCCAGUGUAUUGAUUUUGUACCUCCAGCUUGUUGGUAUAUUUGUAUUUUCUGUUAAAGCCAUUAUUUGCUACUUAUGAUUUCGAGUGAUUAUCAUUCUUUUUGUUGGCACACUGUCUUGUUGUUUCUCAUAGCUGCACAAAUAUAAUCACCGCAGCAAUAAAUCUAGCUUUCACC